UCGCUCCCUCUCUCUCUCUCUCUCUCUCUUUCGCAUUCUUCACAUAUCCGAAUUUUCUCUCUCUUCGCUUCUCUGAAAAUCAAUUUUCAUCGUUUCUUCUCCGCGAAUCUUCAUUCGCAUUGCUGAUCCGUGUUCUUGAUUCUGCUCCAAUUCUAUCUAAUUUUCCUACACGCUUAUCAUCUGUUUUCCAUUAUACUGACUCAAUUUGAAGUUAAUGUAAUGAAAAUGGAUCAACAUUGUAAUAUGCAAAUGACGCCACCUAGUCAACAGGGGUUGUGAAGGUUGCAACAGGUUGACAUACUGCUUGCUGUUUGUGGUUUGUUUCUACAAUGAAAAGUGGUCUGUUGAUGAUAUUAAAUGCUUCAUGCUACAUAUCAAGUUUAAAUCAUAUUUACAAACAAAGUGCCAACACAGUGUUGACAGUUAGACGUCCCUUCAUGGAAUCCGUUCCAGUCUCGUUGAAGUGUUUUUGGCUAUAGUCUUAUAAGUAAAUAAAAAUGGAAUGGUAUACAAUUUUGAAAGAGCUUGGCGAUGGUUCUUGCGGUCAUGUAUAUAAAGCCCGUGAUAUGAGAACUUUUGAGAUUGUUGCUGUCAAAAGGUUGAAAAGAAAGUUUUGCUUUUGGGAAGAAUACACAAAUUUAAGAGAAAUAAAGGCCCUCCGUAAAAUGAAUCACCAAAAUAUCAUAAAGUUGAGAGAGGUUGUUAGAGAAAAUAAUGAGCUGUUUUUCAUUUUUGAAUACAUGGAUUGCAAUCUUUAUCAAUUAAUAAAAGAGAGAGAAAAACCCUUUUCAGAGGAAGAGAUACGAUGCUUUAUGAAGCAAAUGCUCCAAGGACUUAGUCACAUGCACAAAAAAGGAUUUUUUCACCGGGAUUUAAAACCUGAAAAUUUGCUGGUGACAAAUGAUGUUCUUAAAAUUGCUGAUUUUGGUUUGGCUAGAGAAGUAUCAUCAAUGCCUCCAUAUACUCAAUAUGUUUCCACACGAUGGUACCGAGCACCUGAAGUUUUGUUGCAGUCCCCAUGCUAUACUCCUGCUGUUGACAUGUGGGCUAUUGGGGCUAUAUUAGCCGAGCUUUUUACAUUGACCCCCAUAUUUCCUGGUGAAAGUGAAAUAGAUCAAAUGUACAAAAUUUACUGCAUUCUUGGUAUGCCAGAUUCAACUUGUUUCACCAUAGGUGCGAACAACUCUAGGCUAUUGGACUUUGUUGGCCAUGAAGUGGUUGCGCCUGUGAAGCUUUCUGAUAUCAUUCCAAAUGCUAGCAUGGAAGCUAUAGAUUUGAUCACACAAUUGUUAUCAUGGGACCCAUCAAGAAGGCCAGAUGCGGAUCAGUCACUGCAACAUCCUUUUUUCCAUGUGAAUACAAGGGUUCCUCGUUCACUCAGUGAUCCACUUGAGCUGAAGCUGAGUAACAAAAGGGUAAAGCCAAAUCUUGAGCUGAAGCUGCAUGAUUUUGGCCCUGAUCCCGAUGAUUGUUUUCUUGGCUUGACAUUGGCUGUAAAGCCCAGUGUUUCUAACUUGGAUGUGGUUCAAAAUGCACGGCAGGGUAUGGGAGAGAAUAUGCUAUUUUGCUCGGAUUUUAAUGACCAUUCAGACCAAUCAGUUUUUUGGACAUUAUUAUCUCCUGAUCAAAAUGGAGUUCACAGCUCAGCAGAGACUUCAUUAUCAUUGUCAUUCGGAUCCGUUCAACACCAGCCAAUUGGAGUUCCACAGACAGCAGGAUUUUCUUUUCAACCUUUGCAGCCUAACAUCUUAACGACACCGUUUUUGACACUGUCUUCUCCGUACCAGCGCAGGCAUUGCCUUUGAAUGAUUAUUUGCACUUUGAACAAUUCUGCGAGAUCUUGAAUCUUGAUAAUGCAUCAAACAGUUUUAUUUUUUUGUACAGCUCUAUUUAGUAUUAAAAAUAGUUUCACAUUAUCGUAAAUAUAUAUGUAAUUAGUGAACAGUUUCUACAAAAAUAUUUGAUCUCAUUGGGGUUUGUAAUUUUAACAAUUACGUCUUUUUAGGGCGUCAAAAUAAUCAAACGUGAUGUAACCCUAAUAUAGGGGGUGCCUCUUUCCCAUC